AUGGCAGGUCGUCCGUACUCAAUCUUGGUCAUUCUCUCUUUGCUUCUUUUGGUUACGUUCUCUGAUGUGACUAAGGUUUAUGGACUAGCAAAACUUCGCCCUUCAGACUGCAAACCAAAGUGCACUUACCGUUGUUCAGCAACACAUCACAAGAAGCCAUGCAUGUUUUACUGCCUGAAAUGCUGUGCCAAAUGCCUCUGUGUUCCUCCUGGUACAUAUGGGAACAAGCAAGUUUGCCCUUGCUACAACAACUGGAAGACACAGUCAGGAGGACCCAAAUGCCCUUAA